AAUACGACCGACCCAGCUGCAGGAUGCCACGCCCUUAGGCCUUGAAUUAUAGAAAUUGGAGAUUUGGACGUUGUGUUGUGUUGUGUUGUGUGUUGCAUUAGCAGGAGAAAAAUGUGGUUCAUGUACGUGUGCGACGAGGAAGAGAAGGAACUGGGAAGGCAACAAGCCCCAGGGUCGUGUCCCCACUGCGGAGCCAAAGUCGAAGCCAUGGACGUUGAGAUCCAGUCCAAGCUCUGCUUCUUGCCCCUCUGCUUCAAGAUCAAGAGAAAGUACUUCUGUACCCACUGUGCUAGGCGUUUGGAGUUGUAUUACUGACUCCAUGCCAAUUCCUCUUCAUCUCCUUUCUCAAUUACAACAAUAACUCCCUGUAAAUAACCAAUAUUUAUAUAUAAGUCUAGUUAGUCCACUUUUUUUUAUUUUUCUUUUUCAGGAUUUGGCUCCUACUUGAGUUCCUAUGUCAUUCAAUUAAUUGGAGAUGAAAUGCACUGGAUUUUCCUUAUUCU